UUUGGGUUUUAGUUUUUAUGUUAGGCUGAUUAUUAAGGUGAAAGCUUCACUGGGAACUAGCCUACAGCACCCACCAGCUCAGGCAAGGAGAUUACCGACCAUGGGGCCAUAGUGGCACUGGCUCUACUGCCAUCCUUACACAAAUAUUUAAAGUUCUGCUUAGCUAUCAAAAACCAGAAGUUUCUAAAUUAGCAGUCCUUUCAUUUUGGCCAUGAAGGGCUCAGCUGUAUGGGUUAUGGUGGAAUGUACUUGCCGAGUUCUUGGCAUCUCGACUGCUGCAGUGCUUUGUGCUGUGGGCAUAGAGACUCUGACACAGGGGGAGUUCAAAAGCCUGGCCGUAUAUCUCCUGUUCUCCUCGGUGGUGAUAAUGCUUUUUGAAGUUUCCUAUUUCAUUGACGCUCUGUUGGCGAUGUGCUUUCCUUGUCCACCCACAUGGAAGUUCUUCAUUGUUUGGAAGAAGAUGGCCAAAGUUGGGGGGUUCCAGAAAUUUCUAUACUACACAAUGAUGUCCGUGAUGUGUUUCCUGCAUCCGGUGCUUGUAUGGCAUGCAGUAAUACCAGGAAUUAUGCUGCUAGUGACCGGAUUCUUUAACUUCAUACUGAGCAAAAAGAAAAAGUCAGAUCCACCUAAAGAGCGCAGUGCAUCUUAUGGUGACCCAGCAAUGUCUUCUGUCGGUGUCACAGACAUGGGGGAUACUGAACAGACACUUUCUUUCUUCCACAUCACCACAGGCAAAAGAGCAUCUUUUUUCCCCAGCAAUAGCCAAUUAUACGGCCCAACAGACAGCGCCCAGUCAAUGCUUGGGCAGGACCAGUCAGCGAAGAGUGCACAGCGCAAGAAAAGACAAACAGACACAAGAAAUGUGCACUUCAUUGAGAGUUUCAGACAGGAUGAUAAUGAGAUGGAAGAAUACCAUGAGAUGGAACCAGAAGAGAUCACGUCAGAUAAAGCACCAAUGAUUAGACUGUAAAUGUUAACUUGGGUUAUAAUUUUGUGUGUGUGUGUGUGUGAAAAGUUAAUACAAAUACCUGUUGUUAGAUUAUGCCCAAUUAUUUAUAGACCUGAAGUUCUAAAUUAAAUUUAUGUUAAUUUUUGUUUGUUCACUUUGGAAAUAGUUAUAUAUCAAGAAAGUUGUCUAGUGUGCAGCCCCUCAAUGGCCAUUCGCAGUGAGUAGAAUCUCUUGCUCUUUUAAGCUGCACAUUGUAUGUCAUAUUUAAUUUGUUCUGUGAUAUGUCAAAUUACAUGAAACAAGGCAGUCCUCCCAUUAAAAACAUGCAUAUAACAGCCCAAAAUGCUGCCUUAUUGGGCAUCUUUUUUCAAACCCUAAAUGUGUGUGUUUUUUCAACUUCGGGCACUUUCAUGUCCAGGAGUUGGUUUUUAUUAAAACAAACAGAUUUCAACUUUUUUCUUUAUCUUAUAUGAAGGUCUCAUGUAAACUGAAUUGGAAACUUUCAUUAUUUAUUUCAUAAUUUAUUUUUUACUUCAUUUCUUUUUGGUCAUUUUAAUUGCCUUCUAUGUAUAUAUUUUACCUUGUCCCAGACCCAGACUUUCAAUAUUAAACUGUGAAAAUCCAUCAUAAAAAUACAAAUUAUUACAUGUUCAAACCUAUGAUAAUCUUAAAAUAAACAUAAACCAUUUUAGUAUUUAUUGUGUAAAAACAAAUUUUAAUUUUUUUCUUGACCACACCAAAUGAUUUUGUCCCUAAUAUAUAUUAUUAUUAUUAUUAUAAUUAUUAUUAUUAUUUUGUUUUUGUUUUUUUCAAAAGUUAGUGCAGUUGUUUACCAAGUCAACAAAAGUGUCAGUGAAGAGCAUGCUUGACAUGAAAUAUGAAAAAAAUGUUGUUUGAAGAAAACAGAAAAUUCAAGGUAAAUGUAACUUGUGAGCCGAAUAUUUUUAUUGGCCAUAAUUUCCAAUGAAGCUGUAAUUUUGCCAAAUUAUGCAAAAAGUGUGAAAUAUUUAAUUUUGUAUAUUUAGCAUACAUAUUGUAUAAGGUUGGCUAUGAAAUUAGCAAAAGUAAGAAAAAGGAGUCGGUCAUGUUAUUUUUAAAAUGUCAUUUCCAUCACUGUCAGUUCUACCACGGAAUUCUAAACCAAAUACAGCAUUUGUGAUUUCCAUGACUUUCAGAAAAAAAUAAAUUACAAAAAU